ACGGCUGUAGAAAGAAGCCCCAAACUACAACUUCGCCGCUGGCCCUCUCCCACAGACCACCGAUCGGUCCGCCAACCGCCGGAAACUUCGCCAGCCUCCCUCCGCAUCUCACCAAUCCAUAGGCGGAUUUGCUGCUUCAAUUGUCAAGGCAAUGUAUAUUAGGGUUAAGCGCCACAAGACAACAUACUUUAUGCAAUGUGAUCCAACAGAUACAGCCUUGGAUAUAAAGCAGAAACUGCAAAGCUUGGUCGAUCAACCUACAGAUAGUCAACGACUAACCUUAUUGACAAGCAAUACCAUAUUGGAAGAUUCAAAGACAUUGGCAGAGCAAAGGGUUGAAAAUGAUGCUGUUGUGGCUUUGACCCUUAGAAAACCAGCAGACGACAAUGAGUUCGAAGAGGUCUACAUUGCGCGCCUCGAAGAUUUCACCUCAUUCUCUUGAUCCAGACGAAGUCUUAAAUUUCUAAACUGUGAUUGAAUGUAGAACUGUCCACUUGCUUAUAUCAAUCAAUUGCUUCUGAUCUGUGUAGUACUAUAAUUGCUUGAUGUACGUUGAAUGCAUGUGCCAAUCCUCAUUUCUGAGAUGAACACUUUUUGCAUGUUUUCAAGUUAGAGAUUUCCAGAGCAA